UGUCGUGAUGAAUUUGUUAUACCAUUAUGUAAUGGUAGAAGAAUGUUUAUAAUUUCUAUUUCCUUAUAUCAAUUUGAACUUAGAAAACCAUUCCAGAACAAUAAAUUUUCCUGAAAUGCGUACAAUUCACCCACUUUUCUCUAUCAUAGAUUGUGUGAGAUAUUAGUGUGGUAGUAAUCAGACAAAAUCAUUGUAGAAUGAAGCCAUUACCCUUCUUUCCAGAAUUGGUAACAUCACGCUAAAUAUAAUUUACUUUCAAGACAUAAAAAAACACCAAGUUGGUUUUGUGAAUUCGACAAUACUACAAUAAUUUAACGAUGUGUCCACCAAGUAUUGUACUUUGUUUUGCAUUUCUGCUUGUUGCUUCAUCCUCGGAACCUCAGGAUGAUUUUACGAAUGGCAAUGAGCAGAGCGACAAUUCGACAAUGCAAUCUGAUCCUUUCGUAAAUUCUACGAAAUAUCAAAAUGAAGAGAUGGAAUUAACAAGAUGCAAUUUACAUAAAAAUUCUAUUAAGAAUAAUGAUGAAAUGCAAUACGAAUCCUGUAUUAAUUCUACAAAGAACAAUUGCAGGAAUAACUCGGUGCAAUACGUGAAUGAGUCUCGUGAAUAUAUAAUAAAAAGUCUAGAAGAUAAUAAUCAGACAUCUAUGGAGUUCUAUACGAAUUCGACAGAGAUCAAUAAUUUCACGUUACAAAAAAUUAAAGAAAAUUUCAUUAAAACUGAAGACAAGAACAAUUCCACAUUGUACAAACUCAAUCCCAAUAGAAUAAUUAAAACUACUUUUAUUGAAUAUAGAGCGUGCAAUGAUAGUAUUACUUGUAUUCAGUUCUGUUGUCCUUUUGGUACCAUCUUGACGAUAAAGGGACGAUGCAUCCCUCGUGGGGAGGAUUACGCUCUUUCAAAUAAACACGGGAAUGAUUCCGAGGAUGAAAUGGUCGACGAACUAUUUUUGACUGUUCGCGAUCCAUGCGUUGCAAAAGGAUAUGAUCGCGAAUUUCUUUUUCCCAAUACAUACUUAUUUCUCACCAAUGGCUCUUUGUACAAUAAUCAUGAUGGCGAACACAUUUCACCAAAGUCUUAUUGCUUUGCCAUUAUGUUUCGGGACACAUAUGACGUGUUCGUCUGUGAUAAUCGGACUACAUUUCCGGUAUUUGUAUCCAUGUGCCUCCUAUUGUCUUUGCCGUUUCUGCUGUUGACGUUCAUAAUAUAUUCUAUAUUGCCAGAAUUCCAGAAUAUCCAUGGUUAUACAUUGCGUGCACACGUGGGUUCAUUAUUCAUCACAUACGCGAUUAUGUGUUUUGCCCAAGUUUUUGGAUUAGGUGAAGUGAAAUAUUGCGUUGUACUAGCAUAUAUCUUCAACUUCUUCUUUUUGUCAAGUUUUUUUUGGUUAAAUGUAAUAUGCUUCGAUAUUUGGUGGAAAUUUAGAGAUCUCCGUCCGUUCCGUCCGUACCAAACAAAAAUAAAGCAUAAAAAGAAGCUUAUAAUAUAUUCGAUCUAUGCAUGGGGAGUCACUAUCAUUCUUAACGUUAUCUGCGCUAUCAUGGAUAAUAUUCCUCUACCAGAAAAUUUGAUCCGACCAGAAAUUUGUGAAAAAAGGUUUUGGUUCGGUGAAAAUGAAGCAAAAACGUUAUAUUUUUACGUACCUAUAAGUGUCACUAUCAUCAGUAACAUUUUUUUUUUCAUCCGCACAACACUAACGAUUCUGUAUCAGAAAAUACAUAUAGCUAAUCUGUUGAGAGAUUGUGAGAUCAUACGCCACGAUGAAAAUAAGCAAUGGUUUAAUAUGUACUUGAAGCUGUUCAUAGUGAUGGGAAUAACUUGGGUUUUGGAGAUAAUGUCGUGGGUCGAUAUUGGUGCUGAUAUUGUACCACAGUUCAUCUGGUAUCCUGCCGACAUCGUAAAUGCCUUGCAAGGUCUCACUAUUUUCAUCAUAUUUGUGUGUAGAAAAAAGACCCUGCAAACACUAUUAAAACAACUUAACUGGAAGAUUUGUGAUCCAUUUAAGAUUAGAACAAGGUGUAUAGUUGUCUCAAAUACAUCCACUAGAAGAUCCAGAACAAUGCCCAUGCAACAAAUCGAUCGCUCUAAUUAACAACUAAUCAUCUUGCAAAGUUCAAUUAGUCCUACUCAUAAAUGUUGCAAUGUAAAAAGAAAAUUCUAUUAUAGAUGAGAGUUAACAGUUAAUUAGCAGCAUAAUUUAAUUCUUCAGUCGAAGAUCUUACAAAAUUCGAAAGAAAGACGGUGACUCAUCCUAAGAAUGAAAAGAACCCGUCUUGAAACAUUGAAUCAAAUAAUAAUAAAUACAAUGAAAUAACAUUCCAAAUUAAUUGCGGAUUCAAAUCUUAUAAAUCACGUGUUAAACAUAUCUCGAAUAUGACCAAUACAAUUUAAAUAAUAAGUAAGACAUAUCAGUCACUCAAAUAAAUAUUAAAAAA